AUGAAAUCUAAAACCAUCAUUUCACGAAGACUGGACAUCAAUAAUGAUCCUCCUAAGUAAUAGCAAGUAAAUAUAGCAAAGUAAAAGUCAGGCUCCAUUUUUUGAUCCCUGUCCUAGAUUUCAGAAAAAAUAUGGAGUUAAGGCAGAUAUGGAUAGAAUUGUUGCUUAUAUGUAUUUAAGAGAAAAUCAUCCAAAUAUCAAAUAAUGUAGAGAUUUCAGUUAAAAAAGAAUAUGCAAAUUUGACACUACCUAAAUUAAAGAUGGACCUCCUUAUGCUAAAAUCAUCAAAAUUUAACCCAGUCAUUCUACUACUGUGAAUGGGUGGGCUAAUGUUGGUGGAGAGUUAAAACAUUAAUUUAAUAAUGGCUGGAAAACUAACAUUGAAGAUAUCUGCAUUGAUAAGCAGUAUGAAGAUCAAUUGAAUACUCAUUUUAAAGCCAAAGAGGCUUAAUUAAAACAUGAUUAUAAGGCUAAAAUAGAAUAUAUGAAUAAAUAUUUCAAUGAAAUAGAAGAAAUGUAUAAAGUAAAUGACACAAAGGAAUCUGUUAAAAAACUAAGAGUUUUAUAUAAAAAAAGUAGAGAAGAUUUAAAACCAUAUGUAAAAUACUAAGGAUAAAGAUUUUUUGAGAUCUUGCCAAUGAUGAAAAGAAGAACUAAUACUGUAAUUGAGGAAUUUAGGUGCUUUAAACCUUUAUGCAAUUUAGAAUUAAAGGAAAAGUAAAAAUAUCUUGAUGAUUUGUUCAAACACUUGAAUAAAAAAACAGAAAAAGAAAAAGAAAGAGAUCUUAAAUCUAAGGAGUAGGAUUCAAGUGACUAAUAGUAACAAAACGAAAUCCAAAUUGAUUACAAUGAUUCAAGCUCAAAUGUACAUUAGAUUAAAAGAACUUUUAGUCAAAUGGAAGAUGUCACUGCAGAAGCUGCUGCAUUUAAUUAAAACCAUUACAUAUUUGAAGUUAAGGAUGUUAACUCUUUUGGUUAAUAAAUUAGAAUGAAUAAAAUGAAUAAAAUAAUGAAUGAGAUGUUUAAAAGCCAAAGGAAUUUCUAAUAAGAUGUUUAAAAUUAUGCUUAUAAACAUUUAAAUACUAGCACAUCCUGUGAUAUCAGUGCAGCCAAUAUCUCGUAAAUGUAAUAAGUAAAAUUAUAAUAACAAUAAGUCUAUUUAAAAUAAUAAACAAAAAGAACUGAAACGGAUGCAUAAAAGCUGUCAAUAUGUUACUUAUCGAACUAAUCCAUCUCCAGCAAUGAAAAAUUCGGCAUUUCAAACAACAGCUACAUCUAACCAAUUUAAAUUUUGA